AUGAGCGACGAGUUCAACGUGGCCAACCGCAGCUUCCGGCCGGGCGACGAUCACAUCUGGACGUCGCUCGAUAAACCCGACGGCGUCAACGGCGCGCUCGAAAUCUACUCGCACAACAUGACAUCGACCAAGUGCGACGGCGACACGUGCUACUUCUUCAUCGAAGUGUCCGACGAGCCGCAGACGAUCAAGGUCUACAACAUGUACAAGUACCCCCCAGGCUACGAAAACGCCCACUUCUUCUACCGAGCUGCGAUGGUGCAGUCCUGGAACAAGUUCUGUUUCCAGGGCGGCAUGCUCGAGGUGCGCGCACAGCUUCCAGUGGCGUCCAAAGCGUACUACCCGACGUGGCCCGGAAUCUGGAUGAUGGGGAAUCUUGGUAGAGCAAUCUUCUCUGCAUCCACGAACCGCAUGUGGCCGUUCUCCUACAACAAGUGCGAGCCUGACGUGUUUAACCCCGACAACCAGCGCAUCAGUGCAUGUGACGAUGAUCCUGGAUACGGCAUGAACCCGAAUCAAGGCCGUGGAGCCCCGGAAAUCGAUCUACUGGAAGGUGGCGGCCUGGCCAUCUCAUCUUCGCUCCAGAUUGCGCCGGGAAUGCCUAUGGCCUUCCGACUCUUCCCUGCAGACGCCGCAGGCGCUGACGCCACCAACCCGUACUGCGUCUAUAGGUACGACUGUAAGACGAAAGGUGCCAAUGUCAUUGACGUGCCCACGGCGUACUUCGAGCAGGUGCGUGGACACAAAUCCUGGUACCAAGGUCUCCGCUACGCUUCGAACAACAACUGCAAGCCGGAUGGCAGCGCGAAGCAGGACUUUUUAACCGUGAACAAGUCCGUGGCUGCCGGUAUCAAGGACAACACGUGCACGACGGAUACGUGUCCGGCGUCGCUGGAUGUCAACGGAGACUUGGACCUCAUCGACGGGAAGGGGGAGAACCACUGGGGGAUCAACACUAACGGCACGUGCUACCCCAUCAUGAACUCGUACAUGGGGGCCUACCUGUGCGACCCGGACAACACCAACACGCUCUGCACUAAGCCACGCAACCCCACUACGCCCAAGUCCAACACCAUGAGCCCGUUUAACUAUCAGAUGGACGCCAUCUCGUCGAAUUGGCCCGUGCAUCUCGGAGCCUACACCGACUAUUUGGUGUAUCAAAUGGAGUGGGUCACGGGCGAGAACGGCUACGUGCGCUGGAUGCUGGACGGCAACCCGAUCUUCGAGGUGACCACGGACGCGUUCUCGAACGUCCCGCAGAACUUCAACAAGACGAACCCGGUCAAGGUCAUGCUGGAGGAGCCCAUGUCGCUGAUCCUGAACACGAACCGCAUCUGUGACGAGUUCCCAAUGUACAUGAAGAUCGACUACAUCCGACUGUACCAGGACCUGGGCGACGACCUCGAGGCCGACAACUACAUGGCCGUCGGCUGCGACCCGGCCAGCCACCCUACCAAGGAGUGGAUCGAGGGCCACAUCGACGAGUACUCGGACGACGACAACCCGGUCAAGACCGUGCACGGCAAGGCGUUCUGCAAGACCAACGACGACUGCACUAUUGGCGGCGAAGUGGGCACCACAAGUCUCAAGACGGGGAGCUGCGUCAAGAACCGCUGCGUGUGCUCGUCCACGUCGUGGAGCGGCCCGCGCUGCACGGAGGCCCAGUCCGACACGUCGGAGAAGUCCAGCAGCCUGUCGAAGCGCGUGUACGGCCCGCCCAUGGGGCUGUCCAUGGGUGUCGGCAGCAUCGCCAUCCUGAUCUCCAUCGGCUCCGUGUGGCUCGCGUCGCUCGUGACGGCCAAGGAGACGCAGAAGAUGAUGAAGGCCAAGGACGCCGAGCGCGAGGCCCGACAGCGAGACGCCAAGUCGGCCACGCAGCUUUCUACUGGAGGAGACUUUGACGGCAACGCCAGCGUCAUCAGCCAGCCAAAGGACAACUACAAGCAGAACUUCGUUUAA